AAUGUCGGAGGAAAGCCCCGAAGAGUGCGCGGAGCCUGUGCAUCCGGAGGCCAAGGCCCCCCCGCAGAAAACCAGCGACUACUACCGCGUGAGCGAGGACCUGCCGGUCAGGUUCAACAACCCGGCGUGGUUCCGGGGCUACAGGACCAAGAAGGCUGCUUCACUGUACAGGACCAGUAACCAAACGUAUGGGAGCAGAGCCCCCACCGUGCACGAGAUGCCCAAAGUAUUUUAUCCAAAUACGAAUAAAUUUUCCAGACAGCUUGCAGCCUCCGGAAUGUUCCGGGACAAUACUUUCAAUGUGUACAUGGAGAAAAGCCUUGUGACUGGCCCCGACAACUAUAUUACCUCCUUCGACCGGCUCAACUUCCACCCCAGUUACAAUGUCAGCAAGCCAUCCAUCUGCGAUUGAGGGGUCUUUUGGAAUCAUUGUC